GGGCCAGUGACUCGUCUGGCGCUGGGCCGGGUUCCCCGGGCGCCCGAGCUUCCCGGCCAUGGAGAGCGGCGCCGCCAGGUACCGGCUCAGCUGCUCGCUCCCGGGCCACGAACUGGACGUGCGGGGCCUGGUGUGUUGCCUCUACCCGCCCGGGGCCUUUGUGUCGGUGUCCCGGGACCGCACCACCCGCCUGUGGGCCCCUGACAGUCCUAACAGGGGCUUUACAGAAAUGCACUGUAUGAGUGGCCACUCUAAUUUCGUGUCUUGUGUAUGCAUCAUACCCUCAAGUGACAUGUACCCUCAUGGACUAAUUGCCACUGGAGGAAAUGACCACAAUAUUUGCAUUUUUUCACUGGACAGUCCCAUGCCACUUUAUACUUUACAAGGCCACAAAAAUACUGUUUGUAGUCUUUCAUCUGGGAAGUUUGGGACAUUACUUAGUGGCUCAUGGGACACUACUGCUAAAGUCUGGCUGAAUGACAAAUGCAUGAUGACCUUACAGGGUCAUACAGCUGCAGUGUGGGCAGUAAAGAUUUUACCUGAACAGGGCUUAAUGUUAACUGGAUCAGCAGACAAGACUAUUAAACUGUGGAAGGCUGGAAGAUGUGAGAGGACUUUUUCAGGACAUGAAGACUGUGUAAGAGGUUUGGCAAUUUUGAGUGAAACACAGUUUCUUUCCUGUGCAAAUGAUGCUAGUGUUCGAAGAUGGCAAAUCACUGGCGAGUGUCUUGAAGUGUACUAUGGACAUACAAAUUAUAUUUAUAGCAUAUCUGUCUUUCCAAAUUGUAGAGAUUUUGUGACAACAGCAGAAGACAGAUCUAUGAGGAUAUGGAAACAUGGAGAAUGUGCCCAAACGAUACGACUCCCAGCUCAGUCUAUCUGGUGCUGCUGUGUGCUGGACAAUGGUGACAUUGUGGUUGGUGCGAGCGAUGGUAUUAUCAGAGUGUUUACAGAAUCAGAGGCUCGGACAGCAAGUGCUGAAGAAAUUAAGGCUUUUGAAAGAGAGCUCUCUCAGACAACCAUUGAUUCAAAAACUGGUGACUUAGGGGACAUUAAUGCUGAGCAGCUUCCUGGAAGGGAACAUCUGAAUGAAUCAGGUACUAGAGAAGGACAGACUCGUCUAAUCAGAGAUGGAGAGAGAGUUGAAGCCUAUCAGUGGAGUGUUAGUGAAGGGAGGUGGAUAAAAAUUGGUGAUGUUGUUGGCUCAUCUGGUGCGACUCAGCAAACAUCAGGAAAAGUUUUAUAUGAAGGGAAAGAAUUUGAUUAUGUUUUCUCAAUUGAUGUCAAUGAAGGUGGACCAUCCUAUAAAUUGCCAUAUAAUAUCAGUGAUGAUCCCUGGCUAACUGCAUACAACUUCUUGCAGAAGAAUGAUUUGAACCCCAUGUUUUUGGAUCAAGUAGCUAAAUUUAUUAUUGAUAACACAAAAGGUCAAACGUUGGGACUUGGGAACACCAGCUUUUCAGACCCAUAUACAGGUGCUGGUCGGUAUGUCCCAGGCUCUUCUACCUCUUCUAGCACAGCAUCAACAGCAGAUCCUUUCACAGGUGCUGGUCGUUAUGUGCCAGGUUCUGCAAGCGUGGGUACUACCAUGGCUGGUGUUGAUCCAUUUACAGGAAGUAGUGCUUACCAAUCAGCUGCAUCUAAAGCAGUGAAUAUUUAUUUCCCUAAAAAAGAGGCUCUGACUUUUGACCAAGCAAAUCCUACACAAAUAUUAGGAAAACUGAAGGAGCUUAAUGGAACUGCACCUGAAGAGAAGAAGUUAACUGAAGAUGACUUAGUACUUCUAGAAAAGAUACUAUCUCUGAUUUGUAAUAAUUCUUCAGAAAAACCCACAGCUCAGCAACUUCAGAUUUUGUGGAAUGCUGUCAACUGGCCUGAAGAUAUUGUCUUUCCUGCACUUGACAUUCUUCGAUUGUCAAUUAAACAUCCCAGUGUGAAUGAGAACUUCUGCAGUGGAAAGGAAGGGGCUCAUUUCAGCAGCCAUCUGAUCAGCCUUCUGAAUCCUAAAGGAAAACCUGCAAACCAGCUGCUUGCUCUUAGAACUUUUUGCAAUUGUUUUGUUGGCCAGGCAGGACAAAAGCUUAUGAUGUCCCAGAGGGAAUUACUGAUAUCCCAUGCGAUAGAACUGAAAUCAGGGAGCAAUAAGAACAUUCACAUUGCUCUGGCUACAUUGACCUUGAACUAUUCUGUUUGUCUUCAUAAAGACCAUGACCUUGAAGGGAAAGCUCAAUGUUUGUCAGUAAUAAGCACAAUUUUGGAAGUUGUACAAGACCUAGAAGCCACUUUUAGACUUCUUGUGGCUCUUGGGACACUUAUCAGUGAUGAUUCAAAUGCCAUACAGUUAGCUAAGUCUCUAGGUGUUGAUUCUCAGAUAAAAAAGUAUGCUUCAGUGUCAGAACCAGCUAAAGUGAGUGAGUGUUGCAGACUUAUCCUAAAUUUGCUGUAGCCAUGGGGAAGGGAGUUUACGAUUUUAAAUUGAUUAAUGUUUUUUUCUUACAUUUUACAUGACUAAUUACAGAUGAUAAAACAAUUGCUGUGAAUUAAGUUGAGAUCUUGUAAAGUGGUGUGAAGGGGGAAAAUUAUAAAUAAAAUUUUUGCACUGA